AUGGGAGACAAUGAGGAUGAGCAACGGGACCCGAGUCAGUGGAUGAGAGAGUUUGGAAGAGAGAUGAAGGAGGAGAUGUCCAAGAUGAUGGCGAUGAUCGGAUCGCAGAAGAAGGCGGAGAAAGUGGAAGAAGAAAAAGCGCCGAAGGUGUCAUCGAAGGGAGUUCAGAGGAACCUCGACUUCAACUUCAAGCUCAAGAACGUGCUCGCAAGAGUGACGGACGACGACGAUUGGAAGGAGGCUCGGAAGGAAGUGCUGGAGAUGAUCAAGGUCAGAAACGCGGAACUGGUGAUGCUCGCAGCGGAUCCGGGAAUGCUUCUGCAGAAGGAGAAACUCGAUUCGCUGAAGGCAAUGGCCGGAGGUGCGGACAGUGCGGACAUGACGUCGCUUCUGCUGCUGUCGCAGAUGAACGCCAACAAAGCCGGUGGCUCGUCGGAAGGGAAGAGGCGAAGGCUCGACUCGGACGAGGAGGAGAAGCGGCGGUGGUUUCGAUAUGAGGGUACCGCCAGAGGCCAUGGUGGUGCCCGUCGAAGUGGAGGCCGAGGAGCGCAGAGAGGUGGAGAGCAGCCAAAGAAGUCGAUCAAGUGCUUUCGAUGCAACACGUUCGGUCAUUACGCCAACGAGUGUGAGCAGAAAAGGUGAGGGAUUCCCAGAUAGGUUAUCCAGGGCCAUCGACUUCUGGGAGAGGAAUUGCCGGACAGAUUGGAUUCUGAGCGUGAUAGAAUCCGGGUUUAGGAUUCAGUUCGACGAGAGUGUGAUUUUGCCGGAGCCGCAGGGCAUGAGGCCGUCGGUAAUGAGACACAGCGAAUUCGUUUUUGCAGAAAUUAAGAAGCUGAUCGGUCAGGAGGUGCUCAUCAUGUCGGACAUCGAGCCGAGAUGUGUGUCUCCACUGCACGUGGUGGAACAAGGUGAGAAGAAGAGAAUGAUCUUGGAUCUGAGCGAAUUGAACAAGUGCCUGGCUCCUCCUCCUCACUUCAAGUUAGAGAACAUGAAAACGGCGUGGCCUUUCCUAGAAAAAGCGAGUUUCGCAGCAACGUUUGAUUUCAAAUCGGGGUAUCACCAUGUCAUGAUUCAUGAAGAGUCGCAAGACUUGUUAGCUUUUUCGUUAUCUAAUCCACCCGAGGCUCCAUAUUUUAUGUUUAGAGGAUUACCCUUUGGGUUGGCAACCGCCCCGUGGCUGUUCACGAAACUUUUCAAAACGCUAGUGCAUAAGUGGAGAGCGGGGGGCAUGAAAGUGAUACUGUACCUGGACGACGGUCUCAUCCUAGGCGAAACGGAACGAGAAGUGGAAGAGGCGGUUGAAGUGGUGAGGAAGGACCUGGAAGAGGCAGGAGUGUGUGUAGCCGAAGAGAAAUCGGUUUGGACGCCAUCGCCAGUGUUCACAUGGCUGGGAUACAGAGGCGAUCUGUUGGCGAGAGAAGUCCGUGGGACUGAGAGAAGGAUGACCGCGUGGCGGCGUGCUCUGGAGGAGCUGAGGAGGAGCCCGGCUCCGUCGGUCCUGGACCGAAUGAAGUUUCUUGGAUGCCUGGCAUCAUUUGAUGUUGUUGCAGGAGAUGAAGGUGUAGCCAUGGCUCGGCAUCUGAUGCAGAAGGUCGGUGAGGCCCAGAAGAGGAGAGUGUCGACGACGACGAGGAAAAGGAAGUCGGAAGGUGAGGAGAGUCGGAAGGUGAGGAGAGAUGUUGUCUUCAUCGGUGGAAAGGCCGUGGGACGCAUUGUCAUGGAGGUUUGUUAACUGCAUCGUCACAUUCAGCUCUUCUAAUCCGGAUUUCCUUUCAGCUUUACUCCGACAUCGUCCCGAUGACCGCCGAGAACUUCCGCGCCCUCUGCACCGGAGAGAAAGGAGUCGGCAAGUCCGGAAAGCCCCUUCACUUCAAGGGAUCCAAGUUCCACCGCAUCAUUCCGGACUUCAUGAUCCAAGGAGGAGAUUUCACCCGCGGAAACGGAACCGGAGGCGAGUCGAUCUACGGCGAAAAGUUCCCGGACGAGAACUUCCAUGAGAAGCACACCGGACCAGGAGUCCUCUCCAUGGUAAGUCGUACAGAAAUCUUGCUCAUAUAUGAAACACGAGAGACGUCUGUCUUGUCAAGUGAUAUUCAAACAAAAUACUGUUUUAGGCUAACGCUGGCCCGAACACCAACGGAUCGCAGUUCUUCCUCUGCACCGUGAAGACCGCCUGGUUGGACGGCAAGCACGUCGUCUUCGGAAAGGUCGUGCAAGGAUUGGAUGUUGUUUCCAAGGUCGAGACCUUCGGAACCGACUCUGGAAAGCCGAAGGCUGACUGCGUCAUCGCCGAUUGCGGACAGCUCUAA